AUUACGUAAAUAUUGUGUUGACGUGGCGUGAGCGGUAGCAGUUCAAUAGCGGUUAGCAGGUACGUAACAAACCGACUUGAAGAAGAGACCAAAGAAAAUCCCGUGGAAGCAUGGACAAUAGGAAGAACAACUGAGUGAUCGGGAUUCACGUUUUCAGUGAAGAAAAAUGUCCAGUAGAAGCCAGCACUAUGGAUUCCAGUCAGCCACCAUGGUGCAGCCUGCCAAUGGCAGUCAUGCAUAUCUGUUUGGAAACAACAGUUCAGAGAAUGAUCUGUCAGAAGAGGACGGGGAAAGCUUUGAGCUGCGGCCUCGUGGCAGGGAGAGACUGCGAAGGAGCACCUCUAGAGAGAGAAUGGAUGACAUUAUCUAUCUGACCAGAGAUAUCCAGGAGGGAGACACCCUGAAUAGCAUUGCCCUGCAGUACCAUUGCUCAGUGGCUGACAUCAAGCGUGCUAAUAACCUCUUGACAGAGCAGGACUUCUUUGCCCUGCGUUCGGUUAAGAUUCCCGUGAGGCGCUUUAGUGUCCUCACUGAGACUCACAGUGCUGCUACUCUCAAAUCUGCCUCCCCCACGGGCACUAGACACCUGCCUCCGAUCUCACACGUUACGUCCCUCCCUUCUGAAUCCUCCAUGGACUCCUCUUCUUCCACUGACAGUGUGGAAGGAUUCCUCCAGGAAAAGGACAAGGACAUUGAGCAGCUGGUGAAAUCCACAGGACCGUCUCGGAGCAGCCUCAGUGAGGUUGUGUCCUCUUUAACACAGCAACAGCAGCCAUUGCUAGGAGAAGUUGGGUAUAAACCAGCACAGAGAAAGGAUCCUUAUUAUGGGGCGGACUGGGGCAUGAGGUGGUGGACAGCUGUGGCUAUUAUGUUGGUUGUUGGCAUUAUCACACCCGUGUUUUAUCUGUUGUACUAUGAAGUUCUUGUGAAAGCCGAUGUCAGCCAUCAUGGUAUUACUACAGAAGGUCACAAAGACCUCGGUUAUGGAUCUCAAAAAGGCGAUGGUUUGGGAAUUCCUGUUGUAGAAGACAAUCAUGAAGGUGUUCAACCUGGGCAUGCAGUUAAUGAAGAUCCCGGGGGACCCGGCGUGGACAAAGCAGGAGACGGUGAACACAGAGGGAAUGAGAAAACAUAGCAGGAAUUUCAACUUAAAAUGUGUCGCUAAGUCAGAAAAGUAAUAAAUCUAGGCUGAUGUUCCCAUUUACAAAUAACUGUUAAGACAUCAGUCCAAUCUGUCUGAAAUAGAGGAAACAGUAAUUCUGAAGGCUUGAGAGAACUAAGGUGUGGGCACAAUCAUUCCUUGUCUGUCCAUUUCCAUGAUGUUGACAGACUGGCAGUGGGUCCAACUCCCAGCAAAAUUUGUGUCUGUUUUGACAGACAAAUGGUUGAACAUUUUCAAAGUGAAAGCAUUUCAGAGUUGGUCUUAGUGUAUACAGUAAAUUUGAGAUGGCAUUUUUCUGCAGUCAGCUGUACUUUUUUUUUUUUUUUUUGUCGGUUACACGCAAAUACUGUCCAGGCAGUUACAGACGCCAACACUGUAAUCAGCCAGUUUAUUCUACAGUGGAUCAGUGGUCUCACUCACAAUUAUACUUCUGUGGAUUUGUUUUAAAGCAGUUUGGUUGAGCUGCAAUUUCUGCCAUGUUAAUAAUACUGUAUUUUCCAAUGCUGCUUGUUGGAAAAGUUAUGAUUGCUGCCACUGUGUAUAAUUAAAAUUAAUUUAUUUUAAGACUUAACCUUUAGUCUUUAUGUACACUAACAGUAUUACCAGUUAAAUGUGUUUCGGAAUGAAAGUUGCUUGAAUCUCCAUCCUGCUGGAGAGAACUGCAUUUCCCCCCCCCCAAUUUAAAAAAAAAAAAGCAUGGUGAGGAAAAUAGGGAAAUGCACAAUAUUCCCACAAUAACGCAUUUGUAAUUAUGUACAAUUUUAGACUCUUGUUAUGUAGCCCUUUUAUUUUAUCAGUGUUUUGUUGAUAUUUUAUGACAGAGCAUUGUGUUCUUAACAGUAUGUGCCUUUCAACCUGUGAAACUUGUAUACAGGAUGAAGAAUAAAUAAAUCUAUUUUGAAUAAAUUAUU